CCCUCGUCCUCUUUCGGCGACUCUGCAAUCCAGCGCGGCCCAAGGAUGACGAGGUCGACGAGAUCUUCCUCCAUGCAGCGCUGCUUGCUCUUCCUCUGAGGCCUGCCCCUGGCCCUGUCCCGGUCUUGUCCGUCUGGAUUUCGCUCAGGCGGGGCCUUUCCUCUCCUUGGGAGUUUCUGCGACGACUGCUGCUGCUGCUGCCUCUGCUAGCUCUCGUCGUAACGUAACCGCCGCUCCUGCUCCUGGUGCUCGGUCGAUGCACGCAGCGUAGCAACCGGCGGCGAGAAGAAUUGCCUGCUUCCCUCCCUCGCGGCGCUCGCGGCCGUUCAUGCCCUGCAGGAAAAGAGCCGCCUCCUUCCCGGAUCCCGCCGCCUCUCGCCGGAGAUGGGAGGCUCCCGCUGGCUGCUCCACUUCCUGCUCGUCUCCGUGCUGCUGCACGUCGUCCGGUCCCUGGAGUCCCAGGCGUGCCACCCCGCCGACCUGAGGGCGCUCCUCGACUUCUCCGGCGGCUGGGACAGCAAGGCCGCCGGGCUCGUCGGGUGGGGUCCCGGCGCCGCCGCCUGCUGCUCCUGGACGGGCGUCGCCUGCGAUCUCGGGCGGGUCGUCGCGCUGGAUCUCUCCAACAGGAGCCUCCACGGCGUCAUCUCCCCCGCGGUCGCCUCCCUCGACGGCCUCGCCGCGCUCAACCUCUCCCGGAACGCGCUCCGCGGCGCCGCGCCGGAGGCGCUGGCCCGCCUCCCGAGGCUGCGGGCGCUCGACCUCAGCGCCAACGCGCUCUCCGGCCCGUUCCCCGCCGCCGGCUUCCCGGCGAUCGAGGAGCUCAACAUCUCCUUCAACAGCUUCGACGGGCCGCACCCCGCGUUCCCCGCCGCGGCGAACCUCACGGCGCUUGACGUCUCCGCCAACAACUUCUCCGGCGGCAUCAACUCGUCCGCGCUCUGCCUCUCGCCGCUCCAGGUCCUGCGCUUCUCGGGGAACGCCCUCUCCGGCGAGAUACCCAGCGGGUUGAGCCAGUGCAGGGCGCUCACUGACCUCUCCCUCGACGGCAACUGUUUCACCGGGAACGUCCCCGGCGACCUGUACACGCUGCCCAACCUGAGGAGGCUGAGCUUACAGGAAAAUCAGCUCACUGGCAACCUCGGCAGUGACCUUGGCAACCUCUCUCAGAUCGUGCAGCUUGACUUGUCCUAUAACAAGUUCACAGGCUCCAUCCCUGAUGUCUUUGGAAACAUGAGGUGGCUAGAGUCCGUAAACCUAGCCACCAACAGGUUGGAUGGAGAGUUGCCUGCUUCCCUGUCAAGUUGUCCACUGCUUAGGGUAAUCAGCCUGAGGAACAACUCUCUGUCUGGCGAGAUUGCUAUCGACUUCAGCCGGCUGCCGAACCUGAAUACUUUCGAUAUUGGAACCAACUAUCUGAGUGGCGCUAUACCUCCUGGCAUCGCUGUGUGCACCGAGCUCAGGACGCUGAAUCUUGCAAGGAACAAGCUCGUGGGGGAGAUACCAGAGAGCUUCAAGGAGUUGACAUCCCUGUCGUACCUCUCGCUGACAGGGAAUAGCUUCACCAACCUGGCAUCGGCACUGCAGGUAUUGCAACACCUGCCCAACCUGACAAGCUUGGUGCUGACCAGGAAUUUCCGGGGUGGCGAGACGAUACCAGUGGACGGCAUCAGCGGGUUCAAGAGCAUGCAGGUGCUCGUCCUGGCGAACUGUUUACUCACCGGCGUCAUCCCGCCGUGGCUGCAGAGCUUGGGAAGCCUCAAUGUGCUGGACAUUUCAUGGAACAAGUUGAAUGGGAAUAUCCCGCCAUGGCUGGGGAAGCUGGACAACCUCUUCUACAUUGACCUGUCAAACAACUCUUUCAGUGGUGAGCUCCCUAUCAGCUUCACACAGAUGAGGAGCUUGACUUCAACUAAUGGCUCGAGCGAGCGGUCGCCGACAGAGGACCUCCCAUUGUUCAUCAAGAGGAACUCAACUGGCAAAGGUCUGCAGUACAACCAAGUCAGCAGCUUCCCACCGUCGCUCAUACUCUCGAACAAUCUGCUCGUGGGGCCGGUCUUGUCGAGCUUUGGUUACCUUGUGAAGCUCCAUGUCCUGGAUCUGAGCUGGAACAACUUCUCAGGGCCGAUCCCUGACGAACUGUCAAACAUGUCGAGCUUGGAAGUGCUGAAUUUAGCCCACAACGAUCUCGACGGGACGAUACCUUCGUCUCUAACGAGGCUGAAUUUUCUCUCCAUGUUCGACGUGUCGUACAACAAUCUGACCGGAGAUAUACCUACCGGCGGGCAGUUCUCCACGUUUGCACCUGAGAAUUUUGACGGCAACCCUGCCCUGUGCCUUCGGAACUCUUCGUGUGCAGAGAAGGACUCGUCUGUGGGAGCUGCUGGACACAGUAAUAAGAAAAGGAAAGCUGCCACCGUCGCCCUCGGACUGGGAACUGCGGUCGGGGUUCUCCUCCUCGUGCUCUGUGCUUAUGUGAUCGUGUCAAGGAUCGUCCAUUCAAGGAUGCAGGAGCGCAAUCCGAAGGCCGUAGCGAACGCCGAGGACUCGGAGUGUAGUUCCAACUCCUGCCUGGUGCUGCUAUUCCAAAACAACAAAGAGUUGAGCAUCGAGGACAUCCUCAAGUCCACCAACAACUUCGACCAGGCCUAUAUAGUCGGGUGCGGCGGUUUCGGCCUCGUCUACCGGUCGACGCUGCCGGACGGGAGGAGAGUGGCGAUCAAAAGACUGUCGGGAGACUACUCGCAGAUCGAGCGGGAGUUCCAGGCCGAGGUGGAGACGCUGUCGCGGGCACAGCACGAGAACCUCGUCUUGCUGCAAGGCUACUGCAAGGUCGGCAGCGACAGGCUGCUCAUCUACUCGUACAUGGAGAACGGCAGCCUGGACUACUGGCUCCACGAGAGGGCCGACGACAGCGGGGUGCUGCUGGACUGGCGGAAGAGGCUACGGAUCGCGCAGGGCUCCGCGAGGGGGCUGGCGUACCUGCACAUGUCCUGCGACCCCCACAUACUGCACCGCGACAUCAAGUCCAGCAACAUCCUCCUGGACGACAACUUCGAGGCUCACCUGGCCGACUUCGGCUUGGCCAGGCUCAUCUGCGCGUACGAGACGCACGUCACCACCGACGUCGUCGGGACCCUGGGCUACAUCCCUCCCGAGUACGGCCAGUCGCCAGUGGCGACCUACAAGGGCGACGUAUACAGCUUCGGCAUCGUCCUGCUCGAGCUGCUCACCGGCCGGAGGCCCGUCGACAUGUGCCGGCCCAAGGGGACCAGGGACGUCGUGUCGUGGGUGCUUCGGAUGAAGGAGGAGGGCAGGGAGGCUGAGGUCUUCCAUCCGAGCAUACACCACGAGGACAACCAAGGCCAGCUGGUGAGGAUCCUCGACAUUGCGUGCCUUUGUGUCACCGCUGCUCCUAAAUCGAGACCGACGUCGCAGCAGCUAGUCGCGUGGCUGGACGACAUCGCGGAGGGCUGAGGCUUCAUUCUUUGCUGCAGUCCUAGUUUCUUCCCAGUGCCUUCAGUUUGAUAGUUUCUUAAGAAUGAUUAUUAGCUGUGUACAUAAUAUUUACAGAGUGAUAUGCCGAGAGUUCUCUUCUUGUCUUUCUCUUUAUCUGUCUAGUGAUGCUGAUGACAUCAACAUCUUCAUUUACUUGGUAAGGUGGUUGCAAGAUCACCGGAGAGUGUAAAAGUGCUUUGUAGGCUUACCCUCAGUACAAUAAUCUAGCCUUGACAUGAGCAGCUUUCCUAC